CAGCUUGAAUACGCUUUGUAUUGUUAAUGGAUAUGUUGGUCAAUAGGGUUCACUACUGUUCAGCGAUGUUUCCAUGUCUCGAAGUGGAUGUACCACGAAGAAUUCUUCAGGCACACGUCAUUCCAACGAAAUUCAUCCCAAUAUGUAUUCGACGCAUUGGCCUCGCAACUGAGGCAACUUUGGUGCUCAUUUCGAAUGCAACGGUUGCCUAUCAUGUAUAGGAAGCAAUCUAUAAUAUUUCCAGCUUCACGGAGAUCAUCACAUGUGAAUGCCACAACUUACAAACCUCAAAAUUGUCGUAUUCUGUAAUUUUCGUCAUUUCAGUGGAAAUUGAGUUAUUGAAAUCAGCCGAAAGAUUGAAAACUGAUCUUGACUAGUCAGGAUGGUCUUCUAUCU